CGCCGUCAUUCGACGUUUUUCUUUCGGUAAUGUCAUAGAAGAAUAUUUUUUAUUUUUUGAUUGCCACAGAAGUUAUUUCAAUUGCAGCGUUUUCGAAAUAUACUCAAAAUUGUUAUUUUAUUGAAUUAUUUGCUUAGAUAUAAACAAAUGCAGCAAUUUGAAUAGUGCAAAUUAAAGUGAAAAGUGUAGUACAAGUGGUCAUAUUGAUCGUUUAAAAAAAAAACAAGAUCUUUACAAGUGUGUGUUCAACAUAGUGAAGAGGAAAAAUGAGUUCAACUACGAGCCGCAAAGAAAAUGAAAGGACCAAAUUAAUACAGGAAAAAUGCCAAACUCUGCUGACUCAGAUGCUACGCGAUGAGGACAAUAAAUAUUGCGUUGAUUGCGAUGCAAAAGGUCCACGGUGGGCAUCAUGGAAUCUGGGCGUAUUCCUCUGCAUACGCUGUGCAGGUAUACAUCGUAAUCUUGGCGUACACAUAUCACGUGUUAAGUCGGUUAACUUAGACACUUGGACACCAGAGCAGGUGAUUUCAUUGCAACAGAUGGGCAACUCGCGUGCGCGUGCCGUGUAUGAAGCACAGCUGCCAGAUGGUUUUCGCCGCCCUCAGACCGAUACAGCGUUGGAGUCUUUCAUACGCGCUAAAUAUGAGCAUAAAAAAUAUUUAGCACGUGAAUGGGUGCCACCAUCACCGCCUAAAGUAGACUGGGCGAAGGAAAUCGAUGAAGAAUUAGAGCGACAGAAACGUAAGAAAAAAGCAGCGCAAGCUUGCAGUUCAAUGGGAUUGAGUGUGAUGAGUGCCAUCGGUGCCGGAGGUGAUAAGAAGAGCAGUACAUCCUCAACGUCUGUAUCCAAAUCGACGCCACUGCCAGCACCAUUGCCAAAACCCAAGGCCGGACAAGUUGGUAGUGGUUGUAGUCCAAAAACUCAGCGUAUUACAGUAAAUCCCACAGUUGGCGAAGGCAAUCAGAGCAGCGAUUUACUCGGUCUUUCCUCACCUACAAAACCAGUACAGAGUGGUAUGAGUAAUAGCACAGCACAAGACUUGCAAAACGAUAGCUUCACUGGUUUUCUUAGUGCAACACCAUCAAUAGCGCCGCAAGCAGAUCAAAUAAAGGCGGCGGAAGCAAAUGGACAAAGCGCCGCACAAAACUCGCUUGCAAAGGAUGAGGAAGAUUUCUUCAAUCAGGGUUCACUAAGUGGUGGCGAAAAGGAUAAGUCAGGGAAGCUGACUAAAGAUAGUAUAUUAGCGUUAUACGGUACGGCACCAACCAGCACCGUUAGCUCCCACAAUCCGCACAGCGGUCAAAUGCCUUUUGCCCAACCGCAACCGAUGUUUGCUGCAACUGGCGCCUAUUCAGGUGGUUUGGCACCCGGUUACAUAGGCGGUGGCGGUGCACCACAUCCCCAGCAACAUCAGUUCAUGACACCGCCCAAUUCGACCAGCAUGUAUAAUGCACCCGUUAUGACGGCCCCUACAGCAUUCACCACACCUGGCAUGCAUUUGGGAGGCGCUGGCGCAACUGGCGGUUUCGGUGCACAAUUUCCGGGCACCACUAGUACUGGCGUGUACACACAACAACAUAUGUCGAGUCUUGGAAAUAUGAUGCCGAAUAAUGGACAGCCAGUUAGCAAUCUAAAUCUUAUGCACACGAAUCAGAACUUACUGAGUGGAAUGUCUAUGAUGAGCAUGGGUGCAAUGGGUGCAACUACGACGGGAAUAAUGCAGCAAGCACCGAUGAACAUGAGUCUACCAUUGGGGAAUAUGCAAAUGUCAAGCGCGUUUCAAACAGCACCAACAGCUGGCGCCGGUGCAACGUCCACCAAUACACAUGGCCUAAACCAGCAAUUCAGCAAUUUAAAUAUCGGAAAUGUGUGGCAGUGAGCGGACGGUAAUUUGCGGGUUGGUCAACUGUAACACCUGCAUGAUAUGUCGUCAAAACUCAACUUGCCUUGUUCAACUUGUUCAAUAUUUCGCAAUCGUAAAUGCCGACAACGGUAUGUUUUCGUUUUAAGUAGACAUCAAAAGCAGAAAUAUGUUGAAUAAUUAUAUUUUCUAAAUAAUGAAAAUAUAUUUAAUAUUUCUUUAUAUACUUCAUUCGAAAAUUAAAGAUAUGUAUUUUCAAUGAAAAGUGUGUUUUCUAAAAUUUGCCGCAAUAUAAGAUGAUGAUUAUUAAAUAACAAAAUUAUUUUUUAUGAUAACGCACUAAAUUUCCUAACUUGCAUGUAAUAAGAGAACACGACGGUGUAAUAAAUUUAUUAUUUAACAUAGAAAAUCCCGUAUUAUAUUAAAAAUUAAAGAUGGAGGAAUUUUCAAUUUACUAAUGUUUAUGCAGUUCAUCAUAGUUCUCGAAAUUAAUUAUUAUUUCGCUUAUCGGUAAUUAAUUAAGUUAAUGUAUCAAAUAUCAUUGUCUUAGGGAUGCAGUACUUAACGUACCACACAGUAUAAAGAUAUGAAUAUAAAAAAAUGUGUCGACCGUCUUCUGUCGUAAAUAAUAAAAAAAAUAUUGGCAUAUUGCGACAAGUAUGUGUGCUAAAAAGGAAUGUGAGAAAAUAAUAUUAAACUUAUAGAAUGCAAUAUAUAAAUACUUUGUUUUUAAACACCCCAAUGGUGUACUAUAUUGAAUAAACACCUUUGUACAUUCGGCUGUCAGGUUUAUAUCCUCUAUAUUGAAAGCAGAAAUGUUGUAAAAAUAUGCUUUUAUAUGUAUAUAUAUUAAAGCUAAGAUCAGUAUGUAUGGAGUGAGGAAUGUUUCCUUCCACAACUAUAAUGAAAUUUGAUUGUAAACCACAA